CUUCCCUCACUACCUCAAAUCCUCGGUUCUCGUUCGUUUCUACAUUGCAUACAUUGUUUUAGUCGGAGGAAAAAAAAAUAUUUAACGUUAAUUUAAAAAGCUAUAUAUACUUUUUUACAAUGGAUAGAGUCACAAGGUUGAUUUCAGAGAGGCCAGUAGUGAUCUUCAGCAAGAGUACGUGUUGCAUGAGCCACACUAUCAUGAGGUUGCUGAGUGGUUUUGGAGUUAACCCAGCAGUGCAUGAACUAGAUCAGAUCUCGAGAGGUAGAGAGGUCGAGCAAGCUCUCUCUAGGCUCGGAUUCAACCCUACUGUUCCUGCUGUCUUCAUUGGUGGUGAAUUAGUCGGUGGUGCUAAUGAAGUCAUGAGUCUUCACCUCAAUCGAUCCUUAAUUCCCAUGCUUAGAAGAGCUGGUGCUUUAUGGGUUUGAGCUUCAUCCUACAUCGAAUAAAUUGACCAGCACAAUAAUUCACCUACUUAGAUAAGAACUAGUGUUUUAUGGGUUUGAACUUCUUAUUACAUCAAGUAAAUUGAAUCUCAUUGGACUAUUGUGAUAAUCAAUACCUUAUAUAUAUAAUGUAUGUAACUGCCCCUUUUUGUAGUACUUUAGUGCAAUGUCAUGGUAGUCUCUUUUGUGGAAUAAAAAUUAGGCAUUUUGCUUUUU